AUGGGCGAAUCUCGCGGCGAGGCCGCCGAUUACUAUCAGCAAGGUGGUGGUAGCAAUGGCAAUGGCUACGGCUACGGAGCCGGCCCGCAGACGCAGCAACCACAGCAGGCCUAUGGUGGCGGGCAGCCCCACUCCGCCGCCUUACGGCUACCAGCCCCCGAGGCCGUCGGCGGCGGCAAGGAGUACACCUUUGACCAGGCAUUCAAGGUCGACAAGCCCAAGUGGAACGAUCUUUGGGCCGGAAUCUUGUUUCUACUCUUCGUCGCUGGCUUCGCCGCGGUGUCGGGCAUCGCUAUCCGCGGCUAUUCCACGACGAGAGGCUCCUACGGCGACGGUAUCUACGAUAGCAACACCAAUUUCGGCCUCAACACCAACACUCUGAUCCUCUUCAUCUUUUGUCUCGCCCUCUCCCUCGUUUUUGGAUACGGCUACGUGUGGCUCAUUCGCCUCUGGCCCAAGCAGUUCAUCAUCAUGACCCUCGUUCUCAACGUUCUCUUCGCCUUCGUGACGGGUAUCUACAUGCUGGCGCGCCGCAGCUGGGGCGGCCUCUUGUACCUCCUGCUCGGCGUUUUCUUGAUAUUCGUCUACUUUUCGUGGAGGAAGCGAAUCCCCUUUUCCGUCUUGAUGCUCACCACCUCGAUCGAUGUCGCCAAGACGUACGGCCACGUCUACCUCGUCAGCUUCGUCGGCGGCCUUGUCGCCAUCGCCCUGGCGGCGUGGUACUCGGUCACCGUCGUGGCCAUCUACGCCCGCUGGUCUAGCGGAGACAAUCCGGCCUGCGCUCCCCAGGGCGAUUGUAGCGAUGCCAAGGUGGCCGGUCUCAUCGUUUUCUGCACCUUCACCAUGUACUGGAUGUCCGAGUGGCUCAAGAAUACGAUUCACACCACCGUUUCCGGCGUCUACGGCUCGUGGUACUACAGCUCGAGGGCCUUCCCCAAGAAGGUUACCCGAGGCGCCUUGAGGCGUUCCCUGACGUACAGCUUCGGCUCCAUCAGCUUGGGAAGUUUGUUUGUCGCCAUUAUCAAUUUCCUUCGUCAGCUCUGCUCCGUAGCUCAGCAAUCCCAGGCCGGGCAAGGAGAUUUGAUCAGCACCAUCCUCCUCUGCUGCGUACAGUGCAUCCUGGGCCUUGUGCAAUGGGCCGUCGAGUUUGUAAACCGCUACGCCUUUUCGUAUAUCGCCCUCUUCGGAAAGGCGUAUUUCCCUGCGGCAAAGGCUACGUGGAGGCUCAUCAAGGAUCGUGGCAUCGACGCGCUUGUCAACGAAUGCCUCGUUGGUCCCGUACUCACCUUUGGUGCCCUCUUCGUCGCCUAUGCUUGCUCGCUUCUCGCUUACCUGUAUCUCAUCUUCACGAACCCAUCCUACAACACAAACGGAAGCUAUACCGCCGUCAUUCUCUUGUUCGCAUUCCUUAUCGGGCUUCAAAUCGCCAACAUUUUCACCACGCCCAUCUCCAGCGGUAUCGAUACUAUCUUUGUUGCCGCCGCGUGGGACCCCGAAGUUCUCAUGCGUGAUCAUCCCGAGCUAUACGAUGCAUUCGUGCGCGUCUAUCCGCAAAUCCAGACCGGGAUACAUGCGUAA